UAUCUGUCGCUAACGGACGACUGGUUGCUCUUGUGUGGGCAGACCAGGCGGUUACAUCUACUAUGUGAAUCCAUGCCAUGCGAACAUAAAGGAUAUUUGAAACCUGUUGGUACUCUAUAAGUCGAGUGUCGACAAGUCAAAUGUUCGUUACGUUUGUUCCUCACUGUGUUUGACUGAUAAGGUGAUUUCCCCUUUAAAUGCUUGACACCGACCUGUCAUCAAUUUACUCCACAAAAUUAUACAAACGGUACAACUAAGGCUGCAAAGACCGGUCGAUUAAACGGGAAAGAAUCGACAGCUAUUUUGGUGACAGAACCAUGCAGGUGUCGGUGAGAAAGCUGGCUCUGUAUCCGCUGGCUUCAGCCUGGUCUGGCCGUAUCAGGGCUCCUCUCCUCAGGCCAGUACCCAGCCUCUUGUCCCCCAGCACACGCACCCUGUUCAGUGAGACGGGAGUGUGGGAGAAGGACUAUCGGUCAGAGACCCGACGCAGGGUGGAAGAAUGGUGGCACCCACGCAUUAUGGCCCAUUGGCGGAAGGAUGCGCUGGAGGAGGGUUCCGGCAGGAAGAAGUUUUAUGUCCUGUCCAUGUUUCCAUACCCAUCGGGGCGACUGCACAUGGGCCACGUGCGAGUGUAUACCAUCAGUGACGCCAUCGGUCACUUCCAGAGGAUGAGAGGCCAUCAGGUGUUGAAUCCGAUGGGUUGGGAUGCUUUUGGACUUCCAGCUGAGAACGCAGCCAUUGAGAGGGGUCUUGACCCAGGAGAGUGGACUAAAAGUAAUAUCCGUUCCAUGAGGGAGCAGCUGGACAGCCUCGGCCUUUGCUUCAACUGGGACCGGGAAGUGAGCACUUGUCUUCCAGAGUACUACAGGUGGACGCAGUAUAUGUUUAUUAAGCUCUUUGAAGCCGGACUGGCAUAUCAGAAAGAGGCUGUGGUGAACUGGGACCCUGUUGAUCAGACAGUGCUAGCUGAUGAGCAGGUGGAUGAAAAUGGUCGCUCCUGGAGGUCUGGCGCUCUGGUGGAGCAUAAGCUGCUCACACAAUGGUUCAUCAAGACCACAAACUAUGCCAAGCCUCUCCUGGACUCCUUGGCAGACCUUCCAGAGUGGUAUGGGGUCAAAGCCAUGCAGGCAAACUGGAUUGGAGACUGCACUGGCUGCUACUUCGAUUUCAAACUCAAGGUGAACGGGGAGGAGACGGGGGAGACCCUGUCAGCCUACAGCUCCUCACCAGAGACGGUGUUCGGAGCGGCCUUCCUAGCCAUCCUGCCCUCCCACCGACUGCUGCAUGGUAGCAGCUCGGUGCGCUCUGCCCUGGAGAAAGCCUUUCAGCCGGGCAGAGACUCCCUGACAGAGGUCACCGCUCGCAACCUGUUCACCGGCCACGAGGUUCCCCUGGUCAUCUCGCACAAAGAGGCGUUUGAUGGCUAUCUGGACACUGUAAUUGGUAUCCCGGACUCUUGUGAGGAAGAUCUAUCUGUAGCCAGAGCUCUUUCUCUUCGGUGGACGACAGUGCUGAAAAGUGACCAGGACGGGACGCAAACUUUGAUUAACUCUGAUGAGUUCUCAGGCCUCACCAGAGAGAAGGCCUUUGACUACAUUACCCAGAAGGCCAGAGAUCAGAAGGUUGGCGGCCACCUUACCAGCUCCAAGCUCAGGGACUGGUUGAUAUCAAGACAGCGGUAUUGGGGCACACCCAUCCCUGUGGUGCACUGUGGGUCUUGCGGUCCAGUUGCAGUCCCUGAGGAGGAAUUACCAGUUACAUUACCAAAGCUGCCAUCUCUUACAGGAAAGGGGGCGUCUCCUCUGGAGGCUGCUCAUGACUGGGUCAACUGUACAUGUCCCAGAUGUAAGGGCCCAGCGAGGAGGGAGACUGACACCAUGGACACAUUUGUGGACUCAGCCUGGUAUUAUUUUAGAUACACUGACCCUCAUAACCCUGACAGGCCUUUUGAGCGCCACCUAGCAGAUCACUGGCUGCCUGUUGACGUGUACAUCGGAGGGAAGGAGCACGCUGUCAUGCACUUGUACUAUGCUCGCUUCUUCUGUCACUUCUGCGAGGACCAGAGUCUUGUGGCUCACAGGGAGCCUUUUCGGAAGCUGCUGGUUCAGGGUCUGAUCAAGGGCCAGACUUUCAAACUGGCUGACAGCGGCCAGUACCUAAAGAGAGAAGAAAUAGACUUCACAGAUAAGGAGCCAGUGACAUUGGGCGGUGGUCGUAUUGAGGUGACAUGGGAAAAGAUGAGCAAGUCCAAACACAACGGCCUGGACCCCCAAGAGGUGGUGCAGCAGUACGGCGUGGACACAGUUCGACUCUACAUCCUUUACGCUGCACCACCUGAACAGGACAUCCUCUGGAAUGUCAAGACGGAUGCCCUUCCUGGGGUUCUGCGAUGGCAGUCUCGACUGUGGCAGCUGGUGACCAAGCUGAGGGGGGCGCGGCAACUUGGAGAUGUCCCCAACCCCUCUUUGCUGAAGAAGAAGGAGCUGGCAGAGACUAGGAAGAUCUGGGAGAACAAGAACUACGCUAUUCAAGAGGUGACAUCUUACUUCACAGAGGACUUCCUUUUCAACGCAGCCAUUUCUCGUCUGAUGGGACUUACCAAUACACUGAGUAGCGCGACAGUCAGGGUGGUGCAGCACAGUGUGGAGUUUGAGGAAGCUCUGGCUGUGCUGGUGAUGAUGACAGCACCCAUGGCCCCUCACCUGGCUUCUGAACUUUGGGCAGGUCUUUGCCAGGUGAAAAACCCCCUCAGCCCCCUCCUCCAGCGGGGAAGAGACGUCCUGCAACAGUCCUGGCCGACUGUGGACCCUGAGUACCUGAAAGUCCCCGACUUUGUGGAACUGUCUGUACUGAUAAACAACAAGGCCUGUGGGACAGUGACGGUGCCUCUGCAGGCUUCCAAAGAUACAGAGCGGGUGCAGCAGCUGAUCCUGGAAAGCCCGCUUGGAAAGAAGUUUCUCGGCAAGCGCAGCAUCAAGAGAGCCAUCCUCUCCCCCAGGACCGCCCUCAUCAACUUCCUCAUUGAUGAGUGACGUUUGGGCGUUCACCACUACUUUUGUAACUGGUAAAUAAUUGUGGAUUCCUGUCAAUCAGUGAUUCAGCAUGGGGAGACAGACAAAAGAGGUGGACUGUUUUAUGUAAUAAUUUAAGGCAAGACGAAAGUCAGUUUAUAUUAAUUGUCAAAACUUCAAUGUAAAUAUGUCUAAAGACAUUUUAUUUAUAUUUUCCUGUUUUUAAUAAAAGACUGAAGGGGCAUUGAGUUCCUCCUUUUUCGUUUUUAUUAUCUAUAUAAGUUGCCAAGUGAGAUUUAGCACCUGUUUCUUCUGGAUCAUCCACCACAUUUAGUUAGACCCACUUGACAAUCUCACAUGAGCCCAGACACCACUUUAGAGUUUUCCAGUCAUUGUUCACAUUCUCCCCUUUCUCCCAUUGCACCACUUUCAGGAUCGCACCCAGAACCACAACUUCACACCUCUGCGUCUGCCCUAUGCCUGUCUGCUUGGUGUCUCGGCUGAGUCACGCACUCAUAAUCUGCCUUAUCAGUGUUUGUCGCCACCUCUGGUGCUGCUUUUAGCCCACAGAUCUCUUCUGAGAGCCAUACAUGGGCCACUCUUUGGCUUCUGGAACCCUGUCACCAUCAGAAGGUCUGUUGGAGAUACCUAAAGAGCCAAAUGUGGUUGGGGAUUUUCAGCUCGCCACCACAUCAUGAUUGUCCAUUACUGAGCUUAUUCAUCAGCUCAGUGUCUCUGUCUCAACAUUGGGCCACCAUGACUCAGCCAUUAGCACUGUCCUGGCAGAGCACAUGAGCCAGCGGCACUGAAAUGUAUCCCUGUGUACACCCACUCCCCUAUCUCUUUAAAGACUGAAGGAAGAGUUUCAGUAGCUGCAUGAUAAAAAUCUCAUACUUUGUCUUGUAUUGGUGUGUGAAUGAACAAGAAUCAAUGUGAUCUCUCUGAAAGGUUAGAUACGCGUGUCAGAUUUCCAAGGUCGGCUUCUGUUUGAGGAAGUGCUUUUAUUUUUAUAGCAUAAGAUAGUCAGCCUGCGAGUGAAUCAAUUAUGCUAUGUCUUAUUAUGUAAGUAGUGGAAGGUUUGCUUUUUAUUAAAAAAAAUGUGAGGACAGGAGGGAAAGCGCAAUGUGCCUUACCGAUCCCCCUAACCUUUUUUCCAUAUUUCUGUGCUUUAUCUCUGACCAUCAGGUGACAGGAAAAGGCUCUCAGGAGAGACAGAAUAACAGGAAGAGAAACCAGGAAUAAGAGAAAGGGAGCAAAGAGCCAAAGCCGUGUUAGCUAUUCUCUGCAUUCUCUCAGAUUCUGUGAAUUUUAUCUCAACCAGAUGCUGUCACAGCACAAAACAUAAAGUGGUUUUGUGAGUACAAGACAAAGAUAGAGGGGCAUUUUAUCUUCUGGCACCUCAUCUUUGUGGGUGCCAUAUUUUCUUUCACACAUUCAGACUGGUUGUAUGAAAUAAGCAUUAGCUGCAUGAGAAGUAGUUUUUAACCCCUGAUCUCUUCUUCUUUUUGUGUCAUUGCCUCAGUUCUUUUCCACACCUUCCUUUUCACUUUGCUGCCUAGUAACACCAGUUAAUAAACAGGUUGGAACUUGAACUGGCCUGGACAAUUUAGUUGCUGUGUCAUUGAAAAGAGCAGCAUAGCCAUUUUUAGGUGGGUCAGAAAUGCCAGGGAAUUCUUCCCAGCCUGAAGUUACCACAUGUUUGAACAAAUUGAUAUUCAGGAUAUUUCUGAACUGUGAUUUGUUUUUUUUUGUUUUUUUUUUUUCUUUCUUGUAAAAUGAGGUCUGAG